AUGGCAGCAGUGGUGGUGGUUAUGGUGAUGGAGGUCAUGGUGAUGGAGGUUAUGAUGAUGGUGGACAUGGAGAUAGCAGUCAUGGUGAUGGAGGUCAUGGUGAUGGUGGUCAUAGUGAUAGAGGUCAUGGUGAUGGUAGUCAUGGUGAUGGCAGUCAUGGGGUCAGAUGAAAGCUCUUCUACAGUGACCACGGAGCUGAGCCUCCAAAGGAGAGUCCUCCGCAGCAACCUUGCAGAGAUGUUAAGCCACAGGCAACCAGUGAGGCUGCAGUGGUCGUCGCCACGCUGCCCAAGGACGAAGAAGAAGAAAGAUGCUGGAAAAUUGGCCAAAAAAGACAAAGACCCAGUAAAUAAGUCUGGUGGCAAGGCCAAAAAGAAGUGGUCCAAAGGCCAAGUUCAGGACAAGCUCAACAAUUUAGUCCUGUUUGACAAAGCCACAUAUGACAAACUCUGUAAGGAAGUUCCCAACUAUAAGCUUAUUACUCCAGCUGUGGUCUCUGAGAAACCGAAGAUUCGUGGUUCCUUGGCCAGGGCAGCCCUUCAGGAGCUACUUAGUAAAGGACUUACCAAGCUGGUUUCAAAGCACAGAGCCCAAGUAAUUUACACAAGAAACACAAAGGGUGGAGAUGCCCCAGUUGCUGGUGAAGAUGCAUGAGCAGGCUAAAUCAGCUGUACAUUUGGGAAAAUAAAACUUUAUUAAAUAAAAAAAAAAAAAAAAAA